CUAAAUAAUAAAAAUUAUCGGAUAUUAUUAUUUUUUCUUCCUUGUUUUCCUUCUUUCCAUUAAAAUAUGAAAUGUGAGAAAAGAAAUAUUUAUAGAUACUAAUAACUAAAAUGUCAGCAUGUCUACCUGAUGCAAGAUUUUUCUCAAAAUGCUUUAUAGCAUAAAUAUGCACGACUGAGUUGGAACUAUGGUUUAGUUGAAGUUUCAACACGUUUGUGCUGUUGCUGUUGACUCAAAAGAUUGACCAUCAGGAAGCGUGCUAAACAAUGAAGAAGCAUGGAAGAGUACCAAAGAAGGAACGAGUAUGAUUGCUUCUCUUCUCUUCUCUCUAGCUAUAUAUACGAGUAAAUGUUAUUGUUAUGCUGCAAAGUAAUCAUGUGGCCCCAAAAGAGGAGAGAUUCGAAGAGGAGAAUGAAGAAGAAGAUGGUGCUUCUUCCACAGGAAUUGAUAAUUCAAAUCCUGUUGAGGUUGCCGGUGAAAUCUCUUGUCCGUUUCAAAUGCGUGUCCAAGUCAUGGCUUUCUCUAAUCUCCGAUCCCCACUUUGCAAAAUCACAUUUUGAAUUAGCUGCCACACCCACACACAGACUUUUGCUGUUAGGACAAUCACUCUAUGAAGCCCGCUCCAUAGACUUGAAUGCAUCGCUUCACGAUGAUUCUGCUUCUGCUGCAUUAAACCUUAACUUCUCCAUUUCCCAAUAUGAUAAAAUUAUAGGCUCUUGCAGAGGCUUCUUACUUAUUGCUUGUAAUCCAAAUCUCUAUGUAUGGAAUCCUUCCACCGGUGCCCACAAACGUAUACCUUCCUCUCCUGUUGAGUCCAAUUUGGAAGCCAUGAUUUUCACUUUUAUCUAUGGUUUCGGGUAUGACCCAUCAACAGAUGACUACUUGGUGGUUCAAGCCUACUAUGAACCAAAUGCAGAUUUGGCGACCCACGUGGAGCUUUUCUCGUUCAAAGCUAAUACGUGGACAGAAAUGGAGGGAACCCAUUUGUCCCAUAUGAACGCCUCUGAUGAUCUCAGACUCGGUUCGCUGCUGAAUGGGGCUAUUCAUUGGUUGGCAUAUCGUUAUGAUGCGUCGGAGAAUGUUAUUCUUGCCUUUGACUUGAUGGAAAGGAGAUUUUCAGACAUAUCCCUGCCGGUUGAUUUUGAAUAUGACUUAAAUUUUUGUGAUUUGUGGGUACUUGAUGGAUUUCUCAGCCUGUGGGUUAUGGAGGAAGAUGCAACAGUUAUAUGGGUGAUGGAAGAAUAUAAAGUGCAGUCAUCUUGGACUAGGACUAUUGUUGUGUCUAUUAAUGCAAUCCCUACUCAAUACUUUUCGCCAAUAUGCUAUUCAAAAAGUGGUGAUAUUAUUGGAAUAGAUGGUAGUACUGGAUUGGUGAAAUGUAAUGACAGAGGACAGCUGCUAGAGCAUUGCACCUUUGGUGAUAAUGUACAUGGACGCGACGUGGCUAUGUACACAGAGUCUCUACUUCCACUGCCCGGUGAAAGCGAGCACCAAGACUGACAAUAAAAACCAAGAAGAAUUAGGAGCCUUUUUUCCCUGUCAAUUUAUGUUGUUCCACCUUCGGUUAUGUGGCUUUUAUUAAUUGUUACCUUUUAGAAGCCUUUUUUUACGUGUCAAUUAUUGUUGUUCUAGUUUGGUGCUUUGUGUUGUUUGGUACUUGAGGCAUGAGAACGUUUUGAUUUAACUGUUUUGAUAUAUUAGACAAAUUGAAGUCGGAGGCUAUUUGCAUGAGUCAUGAUAAUGAUUCUGGUCUAGCUAAAGCCAUAGGUGCGGGUGCUUCAUUUUCUGCAUGACUUUGUAAUGCAAAGAACUGUACAUGUGUGUAAAACAUCUUGCUUCCUUUUGUUGAUUUACUAGGGUUAAUAGGCUUGUUAGUUUAUGUAAAACAUGUUGGGACUCACUAAACCUCCAUUUGUGUUUUGCAAAACUUGUUGGUAAGUAAACGUGAGAUAAUAAAUUACAUAUUUACCCUUGUUUUCAUUUGUUAAACAUCUUAUUUUUGUUAGGUACCAAAAUAUCAGAGUAAUAUCACAUAGCUAAAAUAGAAAUGAGAAAAAAGGAACUGAAGCUCAAUAAUUUUACGUGAAAAACCCUCAACAGAUAAGGAAAAAACCACGGGUAAGACUGGAGAAAUAUUAUUACUAAGUGAAAGAAAUAUUACAAUUUUUUUUCUCCAAUUUACAAUGAGAGAACAAUAACACUCUCUCUUGAAAAAUAGGAAAAACUCACUCACUAGGAGAACCUCACAGAAGAAUACUAUUUUAUCUCUCUAUAUUUUUUCUCUCUAUGUAUUUUUUCUAUUCACUAUGAAAUUACACUCGAUUGUGUUGGAUGCUACAAAUGAACGAAGGAAGCUUGCUAUUUAUAAGCAAAGCUGCAGUCUUUCCUUGCCUGGCAAUAAAUGCCACCGAAUAGCAUGCAACAAUUUUUUGACAAAACUGUAACUGCUAUUCUUGACUUUUGCUAAUAGCCACAAAAGUGGCUUUAUGACAGCCUGUGUUCACAAUCUUCCAC